AUGCAAGAUCUUGCUCGCGAGUUUGAUGCAGUCAUUAUUGGAACUGGUCCAACUGAGGCUUUGGUUUCUGGUGCAUUAGCACAAAAUCAUAAAACUGUCAUCAAUUUUGAUCAAAAUACACUCUACGGUGGCUGCCGUAGAACAUUUAACAUCCGUGAAUUCAUGGAAUGGGUUCAAACAAAUGGUACAAUUGAUACUAAUCGUGUUACAGAGUUUCUUGGCGAACAAUACAGAGCCUCUGCAUUUUGCAUUGAUUUAGUACCAUCAAUCAUCUACUCUAAUGAUGCCCUCGUUAAAUUACUCAUUGAUUCUGGCUCAGCAGAUUCAAUUAACAUCACAAACAUCGAUGGUCUCUUUUUCCCAAGCAAUGGUCAAUUCCGCCCAAUACCAUCCUCAAAAUCAGCCAUUUUUGCUGAUAAAUUCAUGUCUUUAAAGCAAAAGCGCGCUUCAAUGAAAUUCAUUUCUUCAUUUUUGUCAACAGAAGAAUACGGACAUCAAAUGAAAAGCGAAGAAAUGGAUCAAUUAAUCGCUAGUUACCACGAUAAAGAGCUUUCAGCUCUUCUUACUGAUAUUGGUUUCGAUGAAGAUCUCAUUAAUGCUUUUCAGUAUCUUGUUGCUGCCGCCAAUGGUCCUAUUCUUGUUAAAGAUGCUAUUCCACGUAUAGAACAAUUCGUUAAAUCCAUUGGUAUCUAUAGUUCAAGUCCAUUUAUUUCAUUUUUCUACGGUGUUGCGGAUAUUCCACAAAUAUUCGACAGAAUUUCAGCCGUCUAUGGUGGAAUUUUCAUUCUCAACAAAACAGCUGAUGAAAUUACUAAAGAUGAAAAUGGAGUUUAUCAUUUAAAGGUUCCAGAGAUCGGCGAGGUCACUACAAAGACACUUAUCGUCGGAAGCAACCAAAUUAAGUAUCCAGAAGAUACUCCAAAGCGUCAUUUGGCCGAUAGAGAAGUUCUUGUUACAAAAUACGCUUUACUUCCUAAAGAACGCUCAGUUUUAAUCAUACCACCAGGCAGAUAUGGCAAUCCAAAGCCAGUAUGGAUCUUCCAGUACGACAAAGGCAUGGGAAUGGCUGAAACAGGUUAUUAUGUUAUUCAUUUCGUUUCAAUGGGCGAAACUAAGACGACAUCCAACAGAUUACUCGAACUCAACCCUGAACUCGCUGAAAAUCUUGUUCUCCGUGCAACAUUUGAAGUUACAGAAUUUGAUAAAUCUCCUUGUGAAGGUUGCUACUUUGUAAAGUCACCAACUGUUGAUGAUUUCAUCUUCGGAUUCAAGUACUUCAUUGACCAGGCCAGAGAAAUCGUUAAACAGAUCGGAGAAGAUAUUCCUUUCUAUCCUCCACCAACUGAGGUAGAAGUUGAAGUUCCUAUUGAGGAAACAAACACAGAGAAGAAGGAAGAACAAGAAAAUAAAGAAGGAGAAGCUAAGAAAGAGGAAGAAACAAAGAAUGAUGUUGAAGAAAAGAAAGAAACAAAUAACGAGGAAAAGAAAGAAUAA